AUGACUUACUCGCUGACUGCAACUGCUGCUUGGUUGGCUGCGGUGCGCUUGCUGCCAAUUCUUCUAUUCAAUGUUUCGACAUCAAUGGCGUGUCAACAAGUUGCUGCUGGACAAGAAAAAACGAUCAAAUUUGUGAUGAAAGAUUUCAAAUUGCCGGUAGAAAUGGCUUUCUCAACAAAUACUGCUGUGCAAAUCCAAGUUCCUCGGAUGUCGGACAGUAUAGCGCAAGCAAAGAGAAAAAUCAAGAACCACAUGGAGAACCUGGUGGACAAAGUUAUCAGACAAAGGGCAGCGGCUCAAGGGGUCUCGCUUGCUGAUCAGGAAACUGUUAUCAGCCAGAUUGCUCUUAAGUCUUCAUAUGAGCCAAUGGAAUGCGGCUUCGUUAUCGUGAAUCCAGAUUCCAGCUAA